CGGGGUGGUCGGGUGUAUUCUCCGCACGCCCCCACGGUCUCGAGGCCGCCGCCCGACCCAACCGCAGAGCUGGCCAGUGCCUCCGCGGCGCCCUCCCGCACCGGAUCGCUCCUCGCUGGGGCGGGACCUGCCUCCGGUCACUAUGAGUGAAACAUCUUUCAACCUAAUAUCAGAAAAAUGUGACAUUCUAUCCAUUCUUCGGGAUCAUCCUGAAAACAGGAUUUACCAGCGGAAAAUCCAGGAACUCAGCAGAAGAUUCACCGCGAUCCGGAAGAUCAAGGGUGAUGGCAACUGCUUCUACCGGGCCCUGGGCUACUCAUACCUGGAGUUUCUACUAGGGAAGAACAGGGAGAUCCUCAGAUUCAAGGAGCGUGUACUGCAGACCCCAAACGACCUCCUGGCUGCCGGCUUUGAGGAGCACAAGUUCCGGAACUUCUUUAACGCUUUCUACAGCGUGGUGGAGCUGCUGGAGAGAGACGGCUCCGCGUGCAGCCUGCUGAAGGUGUUCAACGACCAGGGCACCUCGGACCGCAUCGUGCAGUUCCUGCGCCUGCUCACCUCCGCCUUCAUCAAGAACCGGGCCGACUUCUUCCGCCACUUCAUCGACGAGGAGAUGGACAUCAAAGACUUCUGUGCUCACGAAGUAGAGCCCAUGGCCAUGGAGUGUGACCACAUCCAGAUCACGGCCCUGUCCCAGGCCCUGAACAUCGCCCUGCAAGUGGAGUAUGUGGACGAGAUGGACACGGCGCUGAACCACCACGUGUUCCCUGAGGCGGCCAACCCUUCUGUUUACCUGCUCUAUAAAACAUCCCACUACAACAUCCUUUAUGCAGCUGAUAAACGUUGAUUAAUUUUGGGCCACGCAGUGGAGCCUGUCACCUAACGGGACUGCAUUCUGAAUGGAACAUUGCGGCUUUUCAAUUUCUUAAGCGGUUUAGCCUGUAGUAGAAAAUGUACAGCCUUUUGGGCAAAGCCACUCACUCCCAGUGGAGUGAGGCCUGCCGUUGCAAACCAUGGUAACUUGGUGACACUGCUGGUGCUUAU